UCUCUCUCUCUCUCUCUCUCUCUCCGUAUUUGCAGAGAUAUAUCUCUCUCUGCCUUUUCUCUUUCUAUACUUGAUUUCACGAUCUCACUCUGAUCAACGCCUAAUUGGGGGCGUGAAGAUAAUUUAUUGAAAGGCUAUUCGUGGUAAUUAUUAAAGGUGAAAGCCUUGGCAGCCCUGGAUCUUUUUGAUGAUAAAAAGGCAUCAAGGACACAAUAUUUUUCACGAAUAUGGGGCAAAGAAAUAUGCAUAUGAUUGAUUUAGAAUCAGAUCAGCGAGGCCAAGACUACAUCCAUCCUGAAUCAUGCGUCUUUUAUGGUGCUAUGACAAAUUAUCCACAGCCUAAUGUACACACAGUAGUCCCACCUCCAGGAAAUGCUAGUAGCUUUAACUUGCAUCAUCCAUCAGAGCAUCAUGAAGUUGCUUUCUUCUAUGGCAUGCCACAGUACAAUCAAUAUCCAGCUGCUAAUGUUGACCUAGCCGGUGGUUCAUCAUCCAAUCUGUAUAAUCCCUUUAUGAUUCCUCCGUCUGCUCCCAGAGAUUUCCCUGUCCCAGUAAAUCAUGGGACACAUGAUCAGUUUUCGUUCCCAAGUACGCAUAGGAUGGUUGGAGUUCCUACAGACAGCUAUGGGAGGACCAAUCCAUAUGUGGAUGGUGUCAGAGGCUCGUUUAAAAGAAAGACUGCUGAAGGCCUUCCAUGGAAUAUCCAGUAUUGUGACUCCUUAGCAGGUUCUAGUUCUUCUGUUGCUCCUGUGAGUGCAAGGCCUCUUGAAUCUGAUGUAACACUCACAGAUACUAUGCCAUUUGUACCACCUGAAUAUGGAGGGAACGAGACUUCAGCCACCAUUGAAAGUGGAUCUAAUAGAAGUGUGGGGAACAGAUCUGGUGUUGUUGGUCCUGAUUCCGUAUUAGCACAUAAUUCUAAUCAUUUGAUUCAAGGGAAUUUUGUCAGUCAACCCUUCCAGUUACCUAGCAAUCCUUGGUUGGGCCCAGAUGUCAACAGUGUAACCUGGAAUCAAGCAUCCUCUGUACCAUAUCUACAUGGUAGCAUGAAUGGAGGUUCUAUGGAGAUUGGUAACAUGGGUUUACAUGGCUUUCAGCUGCCAAGUAACAGAAGUUCCACUGGAUUUCUGCAUACUCCUGUUCCUCAAGGACAUCCUGGUAUUCAUCAUCCGCUACCACCUGUGCAAGGGGCGAGAGGCCAGAAUAUGAAUUUCAGUUCACAAGUGGUAACCUCUUCCCGUCGAUUUUCAGCAAAUGGUACUGCUGUAAGUCCUUUUCAAGGUGUUGUAGAGGCCGGACCUCGAUAUAUGGGUCCUGUUCCGCCAACUGGCUUUCGGCUGUACAGGCCUCAUCGGAGAGAAGUUACACCUGAGAUGAAUACUAGGCACCGCAACCUUCCGAACUUGAGAUUGUUGCCAGAAGAUGGGGUUGCCAUAUUGGAAGUUCCUGGUUUCAAUGAAGCAGGGGAUCCAAUGGAUCAGCACAGAGAUAUGCGCUUGGAUAUAGAUCACAUGUCUUAUGAGGAGCUGCUUGCAUUGGGGGAACAGAUUGGCAGUGUAGGUACUGGCUUAUCAGAAGACGCCAUUACAACCAACUUAAAAACAAGAUCAUUUACUCUAUCAGCAACCUGUCUUGAUCUGGAUGUGGCAGCAUCCAUGAAUCAGGAAGUAGAUUUCUGUGUGAUAUGCCAGACUGAUUACAAGGAUCAAGAAAAGGUUGGAACACUAGAUUGUGGUCAUGAGUACCAUGUAGACUGCAUAAAGAAGUGGCUACUUGUGAAGAAUACUUGCCCCAUUUGCAAAUCUGCAGCAUUGACCGCGGGAAGGAAGGAUCUGCGACACUAGCUAGAUGGUGUUCAGAAGAUCUAGUUAAAUAAGUCACCUUUUGCUCUGUGAUCCAGUAUUUAUUGUCCAAAAAAGAGGGAUCUUUUCCUUUUGAUGUAUUCUAUAUAUAUAUGUGUAUAUGCUCGCAGAGAUAAGACUGACGGUCAACGUUGUUCCAAACAUUUAUCUGUUGGCUUUAUGUCUCUCUGGAAAAUUGUACAGACUUCCUAACUUUUGUUGUUUAAUCUUGCAUGUGCACUGGAUUAGUUUCCGGUCAUAUAUCCCAUGUGUACUUAAUAGGAUAUUUAUAGCUGAAAGUAAAAUAUUGCUGUAGUUUGUAUGUGACAAUUCAUUGAUUCUUUGUUUUACUGCUGAUUUUGAAGACAGAA